CCUGUAGUUAGAGUCCAGCAGAGCUGAUCUCCUAUAAACCACUUUGUGUCCAGAGAACACGCUGCUGUCGCUCCAUCUUUCUCUCUCAACUACUUUUUCUUCCAUGCAGGAAAUGUCUCGGUUUGUUUGAACUUAAUGAUUUGUGACACAGCGUCUGUCAUGGAAACAUCCCAGAAGCAGCAGCAGCAGCAGCAGCAGAUGAGAGGUGCUGAAAACUCUGAGCUUCGUCCUCCGGUGUGGACAUGAGGCUGUGUAACCGCGGUGUGAUGAUGCUGCUGACCACGGCGGGGGCUUUCUGCGCCUUCAGCCUCAUGACCAUCGCUGUGGGCACGGACUACUGGCUCUACUCCCGCGGGAUGUGUCGCUCCAAGAGCCAGAACGACAACGAGACCGUCCGCAAGAACGAGGAGGUCCUGACCCACUCUGGUCUGUGGAGGACCUGCUGCACUGAAGGGACGUUUCGUGGCGUUUGCAAGGACAUUGAUCACUUUGCUGAAGAUGCAGACUACGAGCAGGAUGCUGCAGAGUAUUUACUACGAGCAGUUCGAGCCUCCAGCCUCUUCCCCAUCCUCAGUGUGGGGUUGUUAUUUCUCGGAGGCGUGUGUGUGGCUGCCAGUGAGUUCUACAAGUCGCGCUACAACGUUAUCCUCAGUGCGGGCAUACUCUUUGUCUCUGCAGGUCUCAGUAACAUCAUUGGCAUCAUUGUGUACAUAUCAGCCAACUCAGGUGACCCCAGCCAGAGUGACAACAAGAAGAGCUACUCGUAUGGCUGGUCUUUUUAUUUUGGGGCUUUGUCCUUCGUGCUGGCAGAGAUGGUGGGCGUCCUGGCAGUGCACGUGUUCAUUGAGAAACACAGGCAGCUGCGCACCAAAGGCCGGCCUUCACUCACAAAGCCGCCCAUCUCCCGCAGCUCAUCCUACUAUCGCAACCGCUACUACCAGAACCGCUCCCGCCGCUACAGUUCCAGGAGCAACCACAGCGCCGGGGACUCGACUACACAGUCCUUUCGAGCAUCCUUGAUGCAAGACCGAGAGCCGUCCCUCUCCGCUGAAUCCAAAGUCAGUGGCAUGGCAGUUCUGCCACCCCCAGUGACAGUGGGCACAGAAUUCAUGCUGUACACGUUAACCUCUCCAAUCAAAGACGGAAACGUCGACAUAGCUGUGGAUGAUUUAACCGCCACAGCUGCUCAUAACAACACAGACGUGCUGCCCGGGAACUGUGCAGCCAACAGAAGGACCACACCAGUGUGACGGAUGGAGAUGUGCAGCGAUAAAGAGGGACUAAAGUGAGACAUUAAGGCUUAAUAAGAGGAUGUCCUCACUCCUUUGGUAAAUAAAGAGGAUAUUGAAUGGAGUUACAUUGACCAAUCAGUUGAUUUUUGUCUCUUAUUAACCGUUUAGUCUGUGAGAUGUCAGAACCUUCUGAAAGAUUCCCAAAGAAGAUUUUUUUUAAAAAACGAUCAAAAGUAGUUUCCUGAUGAUUUGCUGGCAGUUAAUUAAUCAAAUCAAAUUGUUUCAUUUAUUGUUGACAAGGACAAAGGAAAUGUAAACAAGAACAUUUUGAGAUCUGCUACUUUAGUGCUGUUUUUAUGUCUGCAGAGAUGUUUUUUAUCACUUUACAGUACACGCACUUUAAUGGGUCUAAACAUGAAAACAAAAUGCCAUUAAAUGCAACCCUCUCUGCCACUGUCUGCUUGUGUGUCUGUGAGUCAGUGUGUAUUGUGUAACAUGCAUGAGAGCAUGUAUUAGUGUAACAAAAGGUUUUUCCCCCUGUUGUAGUGCCAUCGAGUCUCUGUUUACACAUGGAAUAAAAAAAUGAAAUGCG